AUGACUUAUUCAACUUACGAAAUCAACACCCCUUCUCCAUACCUUGUUCUAUCCAAGAAUGACAAGAUUCCAGUUGUUUUGACCGUUGGUGAGUCUAAUUCGAACGAUAAAACUGGAAUCGAAACCGAUGUUAAGAUUUUAACCGCACACAAGUGUCAGACUGAAACUUUAAUAACCAAGCUGGGCAGUGACACGACUGACGAUUUUUUUGUGCCAAAGGGUUUUAUGGAGAGUAAACUUUCCACCAUCAAUGAAAUUGACGCGUUGAAGACUGGUACCUUAACAAAGGAUUCCAUUGACUUACUGAACAAAAAAGUACACUCUCUAGCAUCUAGCUCUGUCCCAAUUAUUAUUUCUGCUGAUGAAUUGGACAACGAAACUUUCCUUCUUGCGUUCAAACAGAUCACCCCUGCCUCGACAUUGAUUGUAUGUAGCAGUUCCAAGGCAAAGCAAUUACUCAACAUUCAGAAAGAUAUGAAAACCGAGGAAGAUGCUUUUGAGAUUGCCAAUCAGCUGGCGAAUGAGACCUCCGCGCCAAAUGUCUUGAUGACAGAUUGCUUGGAGAAUGAUAAGGGCUCUAUUGAUGUAUUUUACUGCGUUGCCGAUCAGAAAUUCGUUGUGUCUAACGGUCAAACCUUCGCUGCUGGUGUAGAUUCUAUGAUCUCUGCAGCUGUUGCAGCAAACCUUGCCAACGGAUUCACAAUGAACGAGUCAGUUUACGGUGCGAUUGAAUACACACAGAGUGCUAUUGCCACUACUGUCACUACAUCCGAUGACAAGAUUCCAAAUUACAUGUACGCUAUUGAAAUCCCAAUGAAAAAGAUGGUCCAAGACGAGUGUUUCACUGCCCAUGAAUUGGUCUCUGUACCUCAGCCAUUGAAGUCUGGCCCAAUCUGCGAGAAUUUCUUCGAUUAUCUGAUCAAGCAUCCACUGGUUAAGCCAUACUGGGACACGUACGUGAACCACGAGUUUGUCAACCAAAUUGCCAACGGUACACUACCUCUGAAAAAAUUCCAAUUCUAUGUGGAACAAGACUACUCAUACCUGGUUGACUACGGUAGAGUACACUGUGUUGCUGGGUCAAAGGCUCCAGAUUUAGAGGAUAUGGAACAGGAGCUAGUGAUCGUGGGUAGAAUUAGGGUUGAGAUGGGACAACGACGAAAAGAGAUUGAAGGAGGAGUUCGGUGUCAAAGACGACGCGUACUUCAAAACCAUCAAGAGAGGACCAGCCUUAAACAACUACUCCCGUUAUUUCAACGACGUUGCCAAGAGAGGUAA